CAGAGGUCAAACAUGGCGGCGUGCACAAGGAGGACGAGACAAAUGCUGGGCUUACUACGAAUUUUAAGAAAUUUUCCUCAGAAUGAACGUAUGUUAUUGUGUUUUAUAUUCCCCAUUACCAACACCAUAAUAGAUGGUAAAAACAGAAAAGAGCACUAAUGAGACGAUCAUUAAAACCAUCACCUACCCAAGUGAAUAUCUCUGCGGACUUCUGUCGACGUCUGUACUGAGGCACAACGUAGCGUCGGAUGGACCUCCAAAAUUCACCCCUCCAUCCAAACCAGUUAUCAUAGACAAAACACAGAAAGAAGCAUCUCUGCGACGGUUUUUGAGUCCAGAGUUCAUCCCUCCUCGUCAGCGCACAAACACUGUGAAAUUUUCAGUAGAACGGAAAGACAUGAUACAGAGACGGAAAGUUCUCAACAUCCCAGAGUUUUACGCUGGCAGUAUUGUAGCAGUGACCAUGACUGAUCCUCACGUGAAUGGGAACUUGAAUCGCUUCGUUGGAAUCUGCAUUCAGCGUUCUGGAAAAGGAUUGGGUGCUACUUUCAAACUUAGGAAUGUGGUCGAUGGCCAGGGUGUGGAGAUAUGCUAUGAGUUGUACAGUCCACGUAUGCGCAAGAUUGAAGUGUUGAAGCUGGAGAAGAGACUGGACGACAAUCUCAUGUACUUGAGAGACGCUCUACCUGAGUACAGCACCUUCGACUUUGACAUGCAACCUGUCCAUUAUGAGAUAACAGGAGAUGUUCCGGUCAAUCCGUUAAAAGUAAAAAUGAGGCCAAAGCCAUGGUCUAAACGUUGGGAGCGUCCCAAGUUUAACAUUAAGGGUAUCCGCUUUGAUUUAUGUUUGACCCCGGAGAUGAUGGAGCAUGCUCAGAAAUGGGCAGAACCGUGGAGGCCGUACGAUAUGCUGAAAGAGUAUGACACAUCCAGCCUAGAGGAGCAGAUCUUCAAGGAGGUACAGGAAAAUCUCAGAAAGUGAACAGUCCAAACCACUUCCGGCCUGGACAGAGAUAAUCCCUUUGAAUGGACAUGAGGCUAAGGUGACAGCUUUUAAGAUGCUGAAAGGAUCUGACUUUGAUGAGACAUGCUGAUGUGGUUCGCCUCAAAAUGGAUUCUGGAGAUACAUUCGGAUGACUACAUCUGAUACAACAGUGUGUAUUUUACGUGCAUCUCACCAGCUCAACUGCUGAUGUUAUCUACAAAUAACCAUCUUAAAUGUAAAGAAAUGCAAUUAUUUCUGUGCAGUUUUUUAUCAUCCUAUAUUUGUGCCAUUAGUGUCUGCAAAUGCAAUUGUGAAUGCAGUGAUCCUGCUGCCUUGCAAUUAGUCACUCUGAGCAAUAGAGGGCAGCAGAGAACACUUCAAAAAUGUAAAUUGCUAUCUGAAUAGUAAAUAAAAUAUCCUGUAUCUAUCUUCUGUAUUUAAAAAAAUAAAAUUGAUUAAAGUUG